AUUGCAGGCAAUCUCAACGCUGUGCGUUACAGGGAAGACAUCCUCCUCCCUCAUGUGGUACCCUUCCUGCAGGCUCAUCCUGACAUGACCCUCCAGCAUGACAAUGCCACCAGCCAUACUGCUCGUUCUGUGCGUAAUUUCCUGCAAGACAGGAAUGUCAGUGUUCUGCCAUGGCCAGCGAAGAGCCCGGAUCUCAAUCCCAUUGAGCACUUCUGGGACCUGUUGGAUCGAAGGGCCAUUCCCCCAAGAAUUGUCCGGGAACUUGCAGGUGCCUUGGUGUUAGAGUGGGGUAACAUCUCACAGCAAGAACUGGCAAAUCUGGUGCAGUCCAUUAGGAGGAGAUGCACUGCAGUACUUAAUGCAGCUGGUGGCCACACUAGAUACUGGCUGUUACUUUUGAUUUUAAACCCCCCCCUUUUUUCAGGGACACAUCAUUCCAUUUCUGUUAGUGACAUGUCUGUGGAACUUGUUCAGUUUAUGUCUCAGUUGUUGAAUCUUAUGUUCAUACAAAUAUUUACACGUUAAGUUUGAUGAAAAUAAACGCAGUUGACAGUGAGAAGACGUUUCAACAGUUUACAACAAAAUAGGAAAAAUAGGAGGGUGAAUACUUUUGCAAGGCACUGGCCAGGAUAAAAAAGAAGCUUAUAUACAGUUGAAGUCGGAAGUUUACAUACCCCUUAGCCAAAUACAUUUAAACUCAGUUUUUCACAAUUCCUGACGUUUAAUCCAAGUAAAACUUCCUUGUCGUAGGUCAGUUAGGAUCACCACUUAAUUUUAAGAAUGUGAAAUGUCAGAAUAAUAGUAGAGAGAAUGAUUUAUUUCAGCUUUAAUUUUUUUCAUCACAUUCCCAGUGGGUCAGAAGUUUACAUACACUCAAUUAGUAUUUGGUAGCUUUGCCUUUAAAUUAUUUAACUUGGGAAAAACAUUUUGGAUAGCCUUCCAGAAGCUUCCCACAAUAGGUUGGGUGAAUUUUGACCCAUUCCUCCUGACAGAGCUGGUGUAACUGAGUCAGGUUUGUAGGCCUCCUUGGUCGCACAUGCUUUUUCAGUUCUGCCCACACAUUUCCUAUGGUGUUGAGGUCAGGGCUGUUUGAUGGCCACUCCGAUACCUUGACUUUGUUUUCCAAACAUACUUUGGAAGUAUGCUUGGGGUCAUUGUCCAUUUGGAAGACCCAUUUGCGACCAAGCUUUAACUUCCUGACUGAUGUCUUGAGAUGUUGCUUCAAUAUAUCCACAUAAUUCCCCCCCCCCCCUCAUGAUGCCAUCUAUUUUGUGAAGUGCACCAGUCCCUGCUGCAGCAAAGCACCCCACAACAUGAUGCUGCCACCCCCGUGCUUCACGGUUGGGAUGGUGUUCUUCGGCUUGCAAGCCUCCCCCUUAUUCCUCCAAACAUAACGAUGGUCAUUAUGGCCAAACAGUUCUAUUUUUGUUUCAUCAGACCAGAGGACAUUUCUCCAAAAAGUACAAUCUUUGUCCCCAUGUGCAGUUGCAAACCGUAGUCUGGCUUUUUCAAUGGCUGUUUUGGAGCAGUGACUUCUUCUUUGCUGAGCGACCUUUCAGGUUAUGUCGAUAUAGGACUCGUUUUACUGUGGAUAUAGAUACUUUUGUACCUAUUUCCUCCAGCAUCUUCACAAGGUCCUUUACUGUUGUUCUGGGAUCGAUUUGCACUUUUCGCACCAAAGUACGUUCAUUUCUAGGAGACAAAACGCAUCUCCUUCCUGAGCUGUACGACGGCUGCAUGGUCCCAUUGUGUUUAUGCUUGCGUACUAUUGUUUGUACAGAUGAACGUGGUACCUUCAGGCGUUUGGAAAUUGCACCCAAGGAUGAACCAGACUUGUGGUGUAUAAUUUUUUGGGCUGGUUUUGGCUGAUUUCUUUUGAUUUUCCCAUGAUGUCAAGCAAAGAGGCACUGAGUUUGAAGAUUUACCUGUGAACCCCCCCGCUGUGUGCUCGCUCCAUGGCUGGCCUGGGCCGUGGCAGAGGUCGCGGCAAGGGGUACAUGAGCUUCAGUAUCGAGGCAGUCGGGAUUGGGAAAGGGGAGAACCUGCCCCCUACAAUUCUCCAGCCUACACCUCUGUUCCCUCCCAUGGAACACAAGCCUGUCCCUUUGGUGAUGGGAGAGGAAGCAGAGUACAUGUUGGCACUGAAGCAGGAGUUCAGGGGAAGCAUGAAGACCCUACCAUUUUAUGUCCGCCCAGCUGUCUCCAAGAAAGAUGUGGAGCGGUAUUCUGAUAAAUAUCAGAACAGUGAGCCGUCAGACAACACCCUUGAGUGGAAUCCAGACUGGAAAAGGCUACCAAAAGAGCUUCGAAUCCGUGUCAAGAAGCCCCUAAAAGAGAACACCUCUCUUAGUGUGGAUACACCAGUGGACCCCAAACCCAGCAAAAAGACCCGGGUGGAUAAAGAGGAGAUCAUCCAUAAACUAGAGGUGGGAAUAACAUUGGAGAAAAAAGAGGAGGAAGUGACCUCAGAUGAAGAGGAAGGGGAGAAGAAGAAGCAGGAGGAAGAGCAGCAAGAUGGGGAGGAGGAGUAUGAUGAAGAAGAGUUUGAAGAGGAGACAGACUAUAUCAUGUCCUACUUUGACAAUGGAGAGGAGUUCGGAGGGGACAGUGAUGACAACAUGGAUGAGGCCAUUUACUGAUACUUUGAAAAACAACAACAACAGAGCAUUGAGCAUGCCUAGGACCCAAGAGUCCUGGGAAAAUAUGUGACACUCCAGAACUGAGAGAGACUCCAAAGCUGAAAGAAUGUGCUGUUGUUUUUUGGUCCAUCUUGUAUACAUGGCCUGAAAUUAUCUUAAUUUGACACAUGAAUCUUCAAAAUAACCCAGGAUUCAGUCAGUUCCUGACUUAAAAAAGAAUCUCAAAUUGAGACGCAGGUUGCACAGUUCAAACCUGCAAUAGUUUUAAAUGGCUCUUAAGUGUGGUGGUGUUCUGGAGAGAGAAGUAUGUCAAUCUUCAUAAGCGGACAUCUUUUCUCCUAACACCAGUUAUAGUAUAAUUUCUUAGAGGGUUUUUAUCCAAUUUUAGAAAUGUUAAAGAACUUUAAAGAUAUAAAAUGAAGGUGUUUAAUACACCAAUUUUAAUUUUAUGCUGUUGUUUCAUGUAGUUUAUAUGUAGUUCUAAAAAGUUAUGUUUUGUAAAACUUUUAUAUCCAUGUAAUAUCACAAUGUUCUCUGUUAAGUUUGUUAUGAACAAGGAUUUUACUUAACUUGAAAUUCUGAAAGAAUAAAUGGCAGCUAAUUUGUAAA